AUGGAGAAGUUGCGGCCAACGCGGUCCAAGCUUCCGAGCGGUUCUGAACGGCGGAGCUCCGGUGAGAGAUUCGCCUCCAAAGAACGAGCUUCAUCUCGAGGAAACAGGUUAGUUCAGAAGCAGAAGAAAUUGGGCUCUGAUUCGAGCUCUUGCAGUAGUGGCUCUACAGGGGAAGAUCCGUUGACGUUUGAGUUGGGGUGGAGAUCUUCAAAGCAAGCUGGUGGAGCUCCAAUAAAGAAACUAUUAGCUGAGGAGAUGUUGAGAGAAACUGAAUCGAGAAGGAGAUCACCAAGUGUUAUCGCCAAAUUGAUGGGUCUUGAUGGGAUGCCGCCCCAACAGCCCAUCGCUCAUAAACAACAAAAAGGCAUUCCAGAGAAUCGUCACCAGAGGACAAGAUCAGCAGAGAAAGAGCACAGAAGUGGCGUGUGUUAUGACCACCGGUCAUCUAGGAAGAACUCAAAGGAGCAGCAGGAAUUUAAGGAUGUGUUUGAAGUUUUGGAGACUUCCAAGGUGGAAAGUUGUAGUUACUCAUCACGAGCAGCUGCUAACACCAAGCUCAGUGAUGCAGAGAUGGCCUUUGUUCGACAGAAGUUCAUGGAUGCUAAACGACUUUCAACUGAUGAGAAGCUACAAGAUUCAAAGGAAUUCCACGAUGCCCUUGAGGUGUUGGAUUCUAACAAGGAUCUUCUGUUGAAAUUUCUUCAGCAACCAGACUCAUUGUUCACAAAGCAUCUGCAUGAUCUGCAUAGCGGUCCCCAAUCCCAUUGUGGCCGAGUAGCAUCAAUGAAGUCAUCAGAAGCUCAGAAGUAUGAGAAAAUUGACCUUGGCUGGACAUCAGCAAGAGAAAGUCCCCUAAGGAAUUACUGUAAAUCUCCUCAGAGGCAUCGUGAUUCUUUUUCCAGCUACUCUGAUAGUAGACAUGCUACUCGUUAUUCUCUCAAGUCACAAUACAGACCAGAAGCAAAACAUGAAACUGCCAUUACUCCUACAAGGAUAGUUGUUCUGAAGCCAAACCUUGGGAAAAUUCUGAAUGCUACCAAAACUAUUUCAUCACCUUGUUCUUCUCAAGCUUCUAUGUCAGUUUGCAGGAACCGCUCAGAUUUUCCUAACAUUGGAAAUAGGGAGGUCGAUGCAUGGGGAAAGAAAAAUUUCCCAGAUAAUGAGGGGCAGUCAAGGCAUAAGUCUAGAGAGUCUAGAGAAGUAGCCAAGGAAAUCACAAGACAAAUGAGAAAGAACAUUAGCAUGGGUUCUGUGCAAAUUUCAUCAUCUGGAUUUAAAGGGUAUGCUGGCGAUGAUAGUUCUUGUAGCAUGUCUGAGAAUGAAUCAGGAAAUGAAUCAGAGGUGAUUUCAGUAGCUUCCAAACAAUUCUCUGACAGACAUAACCAUUCCAGGCGCUCAUCAACCUGCUCUGCUGAAUCUUCUGUGAGUAGAGAGGCCAAGAAGAGACUCUCAGAGAGGUGGAAAAUGACUCAUAAGUCUCAGGAAAUAGGAGUGGCCAGCAGGGGCAACACACUUGCUGAAAUGCUUGCUAUCCCAGACAAAGAAAUGCAAGCCGCAAAACUGGAUGCCAUGAAAGGUGAGGCAGGAUUCAGAGAUAAAUUUGCCAGGGAAGAUGGACCUGUAGGGUGGGGUGGACCUCUUGGUAUCAGCAGUAGGGAUGGCUGGAAGGAUGAAUGCAUCAAAAGUUUAUCAAGAUCAAAAUCCCUCCCUGCUUCUUCUGGUGCUUUUGGGAGUUAUAAGACAAUGCGCCGGGAAACCAUACGUGAUAACAGGUAUCUGAUACCAUCAGAGGUGUUGAAGCAUAAAAGAAACCAAUCAGUAGAAGUUGAUUUUGAUCAUAGAGAAAGUGGGCGCAUAAACUAUAGAUCCAGGAAUAAAAGAUCGUAUAGUUCUCGCUCCUUAAGUAGGGAAAGUAUGGACAUUUCACCUGAAACUCCCAAUACUCCUGACAGAGUAAGAACAGAUCCUGUAGACAAGCAAUCCCAGCAGAAUAUGGCUGUUGUUGAGUCAUCAUCUGGUAAUGAUAUAGAUGCUAGUCCAGCUUCUGUAAAGUUGGUGGAUUUGGAUGUAUCAAUUUCUUCUGAAACACUUGACGCAUUCCCUCCGGAAUUAUCAGCUCGUAUGUCGGUGGAAGGUGAUUCCUGUAGCAGUCACCAAGUAAUUGCAGAGGAAUCAUCAACUAAACCAUCUGAUGACAAGUCAGUACUGUUUGAGCACUCUGUACCGGGUAUAGAAUCUCUUGCAAGCUCUAAAGAGGCUGAUCAGCCCAGUCCGGUUUCAGUUCUGGAAGUUCCUUUUAACGAUGAUGUUUCAUCUUCUUCCGACUGCUUUGAGACUCUCAGCGCUGACCUGCAAGGGCUUCGGAUGCAGCUUCAGCUACUCAAGUUGGAAUCGGAUUCAUAUGCAGAGGGAUCCAUGCUAAUCUCAAGUGACGAGGAUGCAGGAGAAGGAUCCUCUUGGUUUCGGCAUGCAGUAUGUAGGGAAGAAGAGAGUUGGGAGUCUUCAUACAUGGCUGAUAUGUUAACAGAAUCAGGUUUAAACAAUGCCGACCAUGAGACCUUCUUGGCUACAUGGCACGCUACUGAGUGUCCAGUGAGUCCUCAACUAUUCGAAGAGCUGGAGAAAAAGUACUGUGACAAGACUUCUUGUCCGAAAUCUGAGAGAAAAUUACUGUUCGACCGAAUAAAUUCAGGACUUCUGGAGAUGUUUCAGCAAUUCAGUGACCCUCACCCAUGGGUUAGACCUAUGAAGAUAACAGUUGGCUCAAAGUGGAUUAACAGAACUGCCCUCCAAGAUGGUCUCCGUAAGUUGCUAGCUGGCGAAGAGAAGGCCAAUGAGGAGAGUUUGGAUAAACUGCUGGAAAGGGACUCGCUGUGGUUGCAUUUCGGAGACUACAUUGACAUAAUAGGUAGGGAAAUAGAAAGGUCGGUGUUAGAUGAUUUAAUUGCAGAAGUAGUGGUUAUGUAGGGCAAAUCAGAGCCAUAGAUUUCAAUCAAACUUCAUUUCGAUCUAGAAUGCUGAAAAGUAUGUAUAUGAGGCAAUGAAGUGGUAAUUUCAUUAGAAGGGGAAUAAACAGAUUAGCAUAAAAUGUACAAUAGCAUCAAUCUGAGCAAGAAUGUUUCAUUUGCGUCUCUUGAGCAGGUAGCCGAUCUCUUCAAGGCUAAAUGCACAACUCAGCAAAUUAGAUAACAAAGACGAUUCGUGAUGCCGAUAUAACAGAUUAGCAGUUAAAACACGUUAGUGUUGCUAUGAAGAAAAAUGGUAUACAUUGAACUUGAGUUUGGCCGUAGUAAACUGCAGCCACGAAGUGGAGGGAUAAGUGUGGAAAAUAGUCCUCUAAUCCCAUUGAACGGGUAGCUUCUUUUAUGUCGAGUUAUCCUCCCUUAAAGCAUGGAAUUGAAGCUCCUUAAAAUGUAAAAAUUGGGUCU